UUCAUACCUGUUCUAUUCAGUUCAGAACAGUAGGUACAAUCAGCACAGCUAUUUAUUAUUCAGAUUACAAUGUCAUGUGCAGAUAACUACGUUUGGCUAUCAAAUUGAUUGCUUACAUAACUGUAGUAGAUGUUUUUGGGAAAAACAUUACAUAGUUGAAUACGUCAGUGUUAUCGUGGGUUAUUGAAGGAGAGCAGUAGCUAUUGAGGUUGUUAAAGUGUCAUGGCUGCUGUGAACGAAUUGGCUGAUCUGUUGCAGGCGCACGCUAAUCGGGAUAAGGUGGUAAACCUAGCAUGCUACGCUCUGAAGCUAUGGGGCUCUACAGCCAAGCGGCAGGACGUGAUGUCAGCGAGCGCGCGACUGGCGGCCGCCCGCGCCUGCAUGCGGCUCUUCGACGAUGCUAUGGCUCUCAAAACUGCACUCGCUUACGGAUUUGGAACGAAAGACGGUUCAUUCUGGGGUACCCUGGGCGUGGCAGGCAGUGCGUUCACCCUGGCGUACCUCCAGGCUGAGAAACUAUCGUUCCUCAUAGACACGGGCAUGCUGCACGUGUCCAAGGACACAGAGUUCAAGAUCCGGACGGCACACAAACUGUUCUGGUCACUGUCGGCGUUUGUCGGCUUCCUCAGAUCAAUCCGUGCCCUCAACGCGUCAUCAGAGGCUCUAAGACGACCAGACCGGACGAAGUGUGCGCCUGCAAGGUUCACACAGGCGUCCCUGACCACCACCAAGUUCCUGCUGGACACCAUACAUGCAGUCAGCUGGCUGCCACCUGGCUGGCUGUGGGGGAGCAGGCUCAGUGUACCACAGGCUAGUGGUAUCGCCACCGUAUCCGCUGUACUGGGGCUCGUCAUACAUUACCAUGGGAAAAGGUUUUAGAAUGCGUGUGACAUGAAAAGACUCUCAAAGUAAAGUGUUGUGUACAAAUGCCAAUAUAUAAGGUACUUAUUAUUAACUAGUGCAUCACCCCAGCUUCGCAUGGGUGCAAUGGUAAUAAUGCAUGUUUUAUACAUAUAAACCUUCCUCUUGAAUCAUUCUAUCUAUUAAAAAAUACCGCAUCGAAAUCUGUUGCGUAGUUUUAAAGAUUUAAGCAAACAAAGGGACAUAGGGACAGAAAAAGCGACUUUGUUUUAUACUAUGUAGUGAUCCUAAUCUGUUAGGCAAUCGAUUUUCAACCGUAUGACUUUAUAAUAAAGUUGUAUGUUGGUAAAAAGGACAAUUUGGUGUAGCUUGUUUAUAAUAAAUAUGGUAGCAUUAUUGGCAUUUGUACCCACAAUACUUAGGGAGAUAUGAGAGAAGAGAUUAAGUCGAAUUUUAUUUAAGCAUAAUUUAUUUAAAUUAUUAACUAAGUGAAAUAUUGCUCAAUGAAGUUUUAAUUUAGACUUACCUGCCUUGUAAAUAAGUGCUAAAAUAGUUGUAAUCAAGUCUCAGGACCCAGUCACAUAAUAUAAGUGAUAUAAUACAUAUAUUAAAAGAUAUGUUCUAACGAGUACUUGGGACAUGUUUGCGAACACGUGUAAUAGUCAUCUUUAUCAAUAAGCGACUGAUAACAUCUGUCACGAGUGGACAUUGAUCUUUAUAAUAUAGAUAAUAUUCAGCUCAAACUGUGUGUCAAAUGGUAUUAGAAUAUUUAAAAGAUAAUUUGGUUCAUACUUUCGUUUUUAUAUGAUUCAUUGUUGAAAUCUUUAAAAAUGGUCCACGACUUAUUCCUAAAGCAAUAAGUACAGUCAGUGCCACUAUUUAGUGUGUAGGUACGAAAAUAAAAAUUGAUUCAACCAUUGGUUGACUACUGAACCGACUAAUGGCUUGGUUAAAAACCAUAUACAUACUUAAUAAUAGCUACUGUCUCUGUACUAAGUUAAUUGUUUAUUUUGUUAUCUGCAUACCAAACAACUGUGCUGACAGUACCUUUUUAAAUUUACGUGAAAUGUGCCAUUCAAACCUAGAGCUUGCUAGGUGUGAGCUGUGGUUGAUUGCAAUUGCAAACAAUGUAAUAUAUUUCUAAUAUAAUAUAAUAUUUUAGUGUUAAAAAGUAUUUAUUAUUGUAAUAGAUGUAAGACUUAAAUAUUGUAAAAUAAUAAACCCAGUUAAUUAGAAAAUUAUAUUUAUUUUAAAGCUAACAUAACAUUGUUUUAUUUGAGCAACCAAUUCAUCAAUCAGAAGCAUUAUUGAUUGUAACAUUUUGUUUCAUAAAAAAACAGUACACAUCUCAUUUAAUUGAAUUGUAAUUAAUAAUUAUAUAGAGUUGGCUGAGAAUAAUUUUAAAAAGAGUAUUAUUAAAUAUACUAUAAUAUUAAAACGGUGAGCCUGUCACCCAGUACGUGUGAUAUGUUUAUUUAUACAAUACAUACAUAGCAUAAUAAUAUAUUACAUACCAGCACUUAACAA